CAAAGUUAAUUGAAAUAUGAGCGAAAUGUAGCUCUUUGAGCGGCAAAUUGGACAAGUUGAAAUUGAAUUUGCUAUGUAAAAAGUGGUAAACGCGUUAAGAAGAAAGAAACCUAAUAAAAAUUUAGUCCUUUGAGUAGCAAAGUCAUGUAUAGCGAGCCGUUUAUUCUCAGCGUCAUAAAAGUAACGCAGUUGGACUGUGGGGAUUAAUAGAAAGAGUGUGAACGAGGAAAUUUUAUGAGACGCUGAUUAACGUGGUUCGAUCGUAACACUUUUGGAUUUUAGUUCAAUGUUCGGGGGUUGGUAGGUUACGUAACGUGCAGCUAUAGAAGGGUCGUCGAUGGUGCAGAAGCGAUACACUUUCAGUGUAACCCUGAAUCCUAUUUCUUCUUCUUGGAAAUUACAACAUCGAUUUUCUUUCUUCGUGUGACGAGGGGAUGAAAAGAGAAGUCAGCGACAAGGAAGCAAGGAAGUCAGUAAACACAGACGACAGAAUUUUUUAAGAAAGAAGCAACCUUAUUUCCGGCGUAACAGAAGCGGCACGAGAGACUAAUCGACAAAGAAAAAAUGGAGAACGCCAAGGAGGAGACGAUAAACAUGCAGCUGAUCGGUUCCGAGAGUCCGUACAAAGUUAAUAAUGAAAUCGCCGGAAGUGGUAUAAAUGCAUCGGAAGUUCCAAUAUCGCCGACCACAAGCCCAGAAGAUUACGACCCUCACAAACAUCGAAAUAGGCCAAAUCCGACAUCAAACGCGGAGACUUUGAUACAUUUAUUAAAAGGAAGCCUGGGCACCGGAAUACUCGCGAUGCCAAACGCGUUCUGCAACAGCGGCCUCGUGACUGGUGUUAUAUCCACAGUGAUCAUAGGGGUGUUGUGCACUUAUUGUUUGCACGUACUAGUGAAAGCUCAGUACAGACUGUGUAAACGGUUAAGAGUUCCUAUAUUGAGUUAUCCACUGAGUAUGAAGCACGCUCUAGACCAAGGGCCUUGGUGUGUCCGAUGGUUCGCACCCUACGCGCCAGGACUCGUAGACGGGUUCAUGAUUGUGUAUCAAUUGGGAAUAUGCUGCGUUUAUAUCGUAUUUGUAGCGUCGAAUAUCAAGCAGGUGGCAGACCAGUACUGGGAACCUUUGGAUGUUAAAAUCCAUAUGCUGAUUUUAUUGCUACCGCUGAUUUUGAUCAAUUACGUUAGGAACCUCAAAUUACUGGCACCGUUCUCCACCUUGGCGAACGCAAUCACGUUCGUUGGACUGGCGAUGAUCCUAGUGUACAUGUUUGACGAUCUACCGUCGAUCAGCGAAAGAGAAAUGUUCGGUACACCGAAAAAUUUCUCACUUUACUUCGGCACCACGUUAUUCGCUCUGGAAGCUGUCGGUGUGAUAAUCGCACUGGAGAACAAUAUGAAGACUCCACAAUAUUUCGGAGGGUAUUUUGGCGUUUUGAACAUAGGAAUGACGGUGAUCGUAGCCCUGUAUAUUCUUAUAGGGUUUUUCGGUUAUAUAAAAUACGGAUCUAGCGCCAGUGGUAGCGUUACUUUUAAUCUACCGGCGAAUGAAGUAAUGGCGCAAAGUAUCAAAAUAAUGUUCGCCAUCGCCAUUUUUAUCACGCACGCCCUUCAAGGAUACGUUCCAGUUGAUAUUAUCUGGAACACUUAUCUCGAUCAAAAGAUACAGAAGAGGAAAAUCUUCUGGGAGUACGUCUGUCGGACUGUUAUCACUUUAGCCACGUUCACUUUGGCCAUCACAGUUCCCAGAUUGGCCCUCUUCAUCUCCCUGUUCGGUGCUCUCUGUCUGUCCGCCCUUGGCAUCGCGUUCCCAGCGAUCAUCGAGAUCUGCGUGCUCUGGCCGAACCGAGACUUCGGGCCUUGCAUGAUCAUGUUCAUCAAAAACAUAUUUCUGAUCGUAUUCGGUCUCUUGGGCCUCGUGAUCGGCACGUACGUCAGCAUCGUCGAGAUAAUAAGGUCAUUCGAGUGAAGUUCGCGAGCGAUAUUUAGGCAGGAACGAUCGAAGGAAGGCAGACAGUUUGGUGAAGAGGUAGGAAAAGCAAAAGAGAAAGAGAGGCAAAGAGACGAAGAGUUUGGGAACGAGCUUGCUCGAGUAUCG